AUGCACCAUGUGUGUCGGAAGUGGUUUGCGAAAUUUCGUUGCGGAGAUUUUGAUCUCCAAGAUGCUCCUCGCUCUGGUCGGCCAGUCACUACUGAUGUCGAUCAUAUCAAGGCUUUAAUCGACUCCGACCGGCAUUUGACAACUACAGAGAUCGGACAUAACCUCAACAUUGACCAAUCAACUGUUUUGAGACAUUUACGGAAGCUUAGGAUGGUAAACAAGCUUGAUGUUUGGGUGUCGCACGAACUGAGCGAAAAGAAUAUAAUGGACCGAAUUUCAGCUUGCGAUUUGCUCAAACGCCAUCAAAACGAACCAUUUUUAAAGCAGAUGAUCACUGGCGAUGAAAAGUGGAUUGUCUACAACAAUGUCAGUCAAAAAAGAUCAUGGUCGAAGCGCUGGGAAGCUGCUCAGACGGUCGCAAAGGCUGGAUUACACCCGAAGAAGGUCAUGUUCUGUAUCUGGUGGGAUUGGAAAGAAAUCGUCUAUUAUGAGCUAGUGCCACCCAACAAAACAAUUGAUUCGACCAAGUACUGCUCACAACUGGCUAAAUUAAAGCGAGCAAUCGAUCAGAAGCGGCUCAAAUUGACAAACAGAAAGGGCGUUGUGUUCCACCAGGACAACGCUAGACCACACGUUUCUCUGAUGAUCCAGCAAAAGUCAUUGCGGCUUGGGUGGGAUGUUUUGGUGCACCCACCGUAUAGUCCGGACGUUGUACCUUCAGACUAUCACUUGUUCCGGGCGCUACGAAACAAUUUGAAUAAUAAAACCUUCAACUCUCUAAACGUCCUCAAAAACCACUUGGAUGACUUCUUUGCCCAAAGAUCUCAGGAUGAAAAAGGGAUAAUGAAGCUUGUGGAGAGAUGGCAGAAAGUCAUUGAACAGAACGGAACAUAUUUAGUUGAUUAA